UCUGCUUGGGGUCCUUUUUGCUAACGCUAAUUCUUGUUAGCUGGCUUGCUACGUACGCAGUCAGUAGUUGAGACAGAUCAGAUGUUGGUGGUUUCUCUCUGCUGAGAAUGAGCCCGAAAGAUGUCAGGGAUGACCUGAUGACAGCAACAUCUGGCUUCUUCGACCUGUUCCUGCAUCAUCCCAGCUCUGUGGGAUAGGACGCCUCUCCCACAUCUCCAACCACCUGCUACGGGCCUCCUUCAGAGACCUCCAACAACCCGGGGUUGAACUGUACCAACCCCACACACACACACACACACACACAGCAUCCAACACAAGCCAGAGAGACUCUGCCGGCGUCCUUUACAAAAAAAAAAAAAAAAAAAAAAAAGAGAGACAAUGUAUUGCCUACAGUGGCUCCUCCCCGUGCUGCUCAUCCCCAAACCGCUGAACCCGGCGCUGUGGUUCAAUCACUCCAUGUUCAUGGGCUUCUACCUGCUCAGCUUCCUGCUGGAGAGGAAGCCCUGCACCAUCUGUGCCUUGGUCUUCCUGGCUGCCCUCUUCCUCAUCUGCUACAGUUGCUGGGGCAACUGCUUCCUCUACCACUGCCAGGACGCCUCACUGCCGGACGCUGCCCACGACCCAGCGAUUGUCGGGACCUAGGAGAGAGAAAGAGGGAGAGAGAGAGAGAGCGAUAUCGAAGAGGAGGUUGGGGCGGGCGGGGAAGGAGAUGUGGUGAAGGGUGACGAGGCAUUGCUGGGGAAUUACUGUAGAAUGAUACUGCCAUGCUGGAAGAGGGGAUGGACUACACUUUGGGGGGCGGGAGAGCGGUGAAGAGGCGGUGUUGAAAGACUGCCGAGAGCGCUGGGCUGAAGGCGGUGACGAGGAGGAGGAGGAGGAGGAGGAGGAGGAGAGCCAGUUUUCGAGGAUUAUCGGGGGCUGUUCUGCCAUGCUGUAAAGACAGACAGACUUGAAUCUGAGGUGGUGGGAGGAGAGGAGGGGGAGGCGGCGUCGGAGGAGACGUUUCGUGUUACUUUAAUGUUACAGACCGGGGAGGAGGAGGGGCGUGUGACAUUUCAUUUUCAGCAACUUGAAUUCCAGCAUUUUAAAAAGGGGAUGAAAAGUAAACGAUAUAUAUACAUACAUAAAUAAAUAAAUAAACCACCUGGGACGUCAACUGAAAACGGCCGCUGUGUUUCAGUAUUUCUCUCAACAGCUUCUCCUAAAAAAACCCUGUUUUUAGAAUAAAACUCACCUCAAACUGCCAAAAAUCCCGACAUAACCUCUCCUAAAGUCUCAGACAGAGCUCGGACAUGGCCGUGCUCGCCGCUCAGACCUGCAGCGGCUGAGCUCCGUGUACCAGGUAGUGUUAAAGAACAUCUCCAUAGAAACGAGGAGCAACACGCCCGCCUCUCACAGUCCGACGUGACCAAACUUCCUGUCACACACACACACACACACACACACACACACACACACACACACACACACACACACACACACACACACACACGACACUGGACAAUCAAUAACUAUGCUGUGAAUAAUUCUCCCCUCUCUUCGCCGCAUCGCCACACACACACAUAAACACACCUCACAAGGUGUAAUAAUGCUGAGAAACAUGUGACCCGCCGCCGUGCUCUGUCGCUGCCCCCCCCUCCUCCUCUCCUCGUCUUCCUCGUCUCCUCUUCCUCCUCCACCACCACACUCACGAUCUGAACUU